AUGUGGAACAAAGCACACCACGAGCUGGCGGGGGAGGUUGAGAGCUAUCGCCUUGAUUUAUUCCUAUCCGAGAGGCAAGGCCAUUAUAAGGGUGAACUCAAGUUUAGGAUAAAGUCUAUGAUCGAUCAAACAGACCUCACCCAGAAGGUUAUCGAUCUUCUUCUGAAGAAGGUAGACGAUUCCCUCAACCUGAGUGUCUGGGGAAUGACCCAAUUCCAAAUUGCAGCGGAAUGGGUUGCAGUUCUCGCACUACCACUUCUGACCCUCACUCUAUUCCUGGUUGCCAUAUCAUAUAUUGUUGCUCGCAAACUGGACGACCGAAAGAUGGACAAAAUCAGGGCUAGAACAGAUUAUCUCGUAUAA